GGACGUGAACUGGGGGCAAAAACUAGAGAGACACUUGGUUUUAGAAAGUUCCCGGGUGGCACACGCCUGCCCCUGAGCGCUUGGGAAGCAGAGGCCGGAGACUGCCGCCUUCAACACACACCUUGACUUUGAGGCACUAACAAUGGACACUCAGAAAGACGUUCAGCCCCCAAAGCAGCAGCCGAUGAUAUAUAUUUGUGGAGAGUGUCACACCGAAAAUGAAAUAAAGUCCAGGGAUCCAAUCAGAUGCAGAGAAUGUGGAUACAGAAUAAUGUACAAGAAGAGGACUAAAAGAUUGGUGGUCUUCGAUGCUCGAUGAAGAGUGGGGAUUCGGAGUGUCUUCAUUCAUGCAUCUGCCCCACUGGUAUUUCUCGUUCAGCUUUUGACUUCGCUUACUUAUGACUACAACUGUAAACCUAUGGUUUCAUUUUAGAAAUGGGAUUGUAUUUUGAUACUUUGUAUAAAGGAAUUUUUGGUUUAGCA